GAGAUUAGCCAUGGCAAACAGUUUCUGGAGAGUGUUCUGUGGGAAUUCUGAGUGUUCAAGUGAAGUUGCGAAGAGAUGCAACUAUGGUUUUCUAUUCAUAAUCGACCCAAAUACAUGCAUCAACAGUUGUUUGGUCAUGUCUUUUGAUUUCCUGCUUCUGCUCAUUCUCAUAUCUAUCUUCAUCUCAAGGAAAAUUAUAGCACACUCACAGUUUGAUCACUUCCCUCCAGUUGUGAUUUGCUCAGCCAUUUUUAAUGGUGGUCUUGCUUUGGCUUACUUGGGAUCCGGGAUUUGGAUAUGUUAUGAGCAACAGAAGGCAAAGAGAACCAUUUUACCAUUGCAUGGAUGGCUAGUAAUGCUAUCCCAAGGGUUCACAUGGUUGCUGCUGGAUUUUACAUUACUUAUUGGCAAUCUACACCUCCGACACAUAACAACUGCGAAGCUUUGUUCAACUGUCAUCUUCUUCUUUGCAGGUUUCCUCUGCUUUUCAUCUAUUUGGACCAUUAUUGUGAACAAAACAUCAUCUAUUGAGAUGGUACUGGAAAUAUUAUCCUUUCCGGGAGCAUUCCUGUUGCUCUUCUGUAUUUUGCAGGCACAGACGUAUGUGGAAACUGAAACAGACUUGAGUCAAGUGGCUUCAUAUGCACCUUUGCAAGGUGAAAAAGCCAAUUAUGCCACAUGUGAAGAGUAUUCUAAUGAAAAUGUCACACCUUUUGCCAAAGCUGGAUUUCUUAGUACCAUGUCAUUUUGGUGGAUGAAUCCAUUAAUGAAGCAGGGGAAGAAGAAAAUUCUUGAGGAAAAUGUCAUUCCACAGUUGCGGCAGGCAGACUGUGCACAAACAUGCUACUUAAUGUUUAAGGAGCAACUAAACAAACGAAAACAAAAAGGAACAUGUGAAUCCCCUUCAAUGUUGUCUGUACUUUUUUCCUGCCAGAAAAAAGAGAUUAUAAUUUCUGGGUUAUUUGCAUUGAUCAAGGUCCUCACAGUAUCCUCUGGUCCAAUGUUUCUUAAAGCAUUCAUUGAGGUUGCUGAAGGUGAAGAAGCUUUUAGAUAUGAGGGUUAUGCACUUGCUGGAGGGCUCUUCCUGGCAAAGUGUUUGGAAUCAUUCUCCGAGAGACAAUGGUUCUUUAGAACCAGAUUGAUUGGGCUGCAAGUAAGAUCCUUCCUGUCUGCAGCUAUUUAUCAGAAACAACUAAGACUCUCAAAUGCUGCUAAGGUGACUCAUUCUCCUGGUAUGAUAAUGAACUAUGUCACUGUAGAUGCCAAUAGAAUAGGGGAAUUCCCAUGUUGGUUUCAUCAGAUUUGGUCAACAUGCCUUCAGCUGUGUCUUGCAUUAGUGAUUGUCUACCAUUCUGUGGGGCUAGCAACUGUUGCAGCUUUACUUGCAAUCAUACUGACGGUGCUUGCAAGUUCUCCAUUAGCCAAAUUGCAGUAUAAAUAUCAGACAAAGCUCAUGGGAUCACGAGAUAAGAGGCUGAAGGCCAUUGCAGAAGCUCUUGCAAAUAUGAAGGUCUUGAAGUUGUAUGCUUGGGAGAAACAUUUUGAUAAUGUCAUACAAGUGUUAAGGAAAGAAGAAUCCAAGUGGAUACUAUCAGUUUCAUCACAAAAGGGGUUCCAGCUGAUAUUGUUUUGGUCGUCUACCAUUUUAGUGUCGGCAGUCACCUUUUGGUCUUGCUACUUCCUUGGAAUUCCACUCACUACUAGUAAUGUAUUCAUGUUCCUAGGAAGUCUGCGUAUUGUUCAGGAGCCUAUUAGGAUGAUCCCCGAUGUUGCUGGAAUUUUCAUUGAAGCAAAUGUUUCGUUAGCUCGGAUUGAAAAGUUUCUGAUGGCGCCAGAGUUAGAGAACAGAAAUACAAGUCCAGUGUGCAAAGGGAAGGAGCUUGAUCAGUCCAUAUUUAUCAGUGACACUGAAAUAUCGUGGGAGACUAAUUCUUCAAAUGGCACACUAAGAAACAUAAAUUUGGUGGUGAAACCAGGAGAAAAGGUAGCUAUUUGUGGAGAGGUUGGAUCAGGUAAAUCAACCCUUUUAGCUGCAAUUCUUGGAGAGGUGCCAAACGUCAAAGGCAUAGUUAAUGUUUAUGGAAAGAAAGCAUAUGUUUCUCAGACAUGUUGGAUCCAGACAGGGUCUAUACGAGAAAACAUUCUAUUUGGGUCUCCCAUGGAUGCGCUUAGAUACAAAGAUGUUCUUAGAAGAUGUUCCCUAAUAAAGGACCUCGAGAUGCUUCCAUUUGGAGAUCUCACAGAAAUAGGAGAAAGAGGUGUUACUCUGAGCGGUGGACAAAAGCAGCGGGUUCAACUUGCACGUGCACUCUAUCAGGAUGCAGAUGUAUAUCUCUUGGAUGAUCCAUUCAGUGCAGUUGAUGCACAUACAGCAACCAAUCUAUUUAAUGAAUAUGUCAUGGAAGGUCUAUCUAGGAAGACAGUCUUGUUGGUGACUCAUCAAGUGGACUUCCUUCCUGCAUUUGAUUCUGUUUUGUUUAUGACUGAAGGGAAAAUCCUAAGGGCUUCUACAUAUGAUCAGUUGCUGGCUUCCAGUCAAGAAUUUCAAAAUCUUGUCAAUGCACACAAUGACAGUGUUGGUUCUGAUAGACAAGCCAAAUAUGCUUCUUCUGAAAAAUCUAAAACCUCGAAAAGUGAGAUCCAGAGAAAUUACAGUGAGAAGCAGUUAAUAUCAUCUUCAGGAGAUCAAUUGAUUCAGCAGGAAGAAAGAGAAAUAGGAGACACUGGCUUCAAGCCUUACAUACAAUAUCUGAACCAUAACAAAGGCUUUUUAUACUUCUCCUUGACAAUGAUAUGUCAUGCCAUAUUCAUAGUUGGUCAAAUUAUACAAAACUACUGGUUGGCUGCUCACAUCCAGGAUCCUCAUGUAACUAGAGUAAAACUGCUCGCAGUUUUCUCUAUCAUUGGGUGUAUCCUAGUACUCAUUUUGCUUAUUAGAUCCUUUUUCCUAGUUCUUGUAGGCUAUGGUGCUUCAAACUUAAUUUUUUCCACACUUAUGACCUCUCUUAUCCGCGCGCCAAUGUCCUUUUAUGAUUCAACGCCUCUGGGAAGAAUUCUCAGCAGGGUUUCAUCUGAUUUGAGUGCUGUUGACCUUGAUGUGGCUUUCAAAUUGAGUACUGCAGUUGGCUCAUUUAUGGUUGCAUACUCUGGCUAUGGAAUAUUAGCUACCUUAACCUGGCCAGCCUUGUUUGUCAUCGUUCCCAUGGUUUACCUGACUGCACUCUUGCAGAGAUACUACUUUGCUUCUGCAAAAGAGUUAAUGCGAACGGACGGCACAACCAAGUCUUUAAUUGCAAGCCACCUUGCUGAAUCCAUCGCUGGAGCCAUGACAAUUAGAGCUUUUGGGGAGGAAGAGCAGUUCUUCUUAAAGUACUUGAACCUUAUUGACAGAAACGCCAGACCAUUCUUCCAUUGUUUUUCAGCAAAUGCCUGGUUGAUCCAACGCCUGGAAAUUCUAUGUGCAAUUGUUCUCUCAUUCUCAGCACUUGCCAUAACUUUGCUUGGGCUUGGAGCUUCUGCCUCUGGGUUUAUUGGGAUGGCACUUUCAUAUGGUCUUUCAUUAAAUGUAAAUGUCGUUUAUGCUGUUCAAACCUGGUGCUUGGUAGAAAAUCUCAUUACUUCUGUAGAAAGGCUUGAACAAUACAUGCAUAUUCCUAGUGAAGCUGCUCAAGUAAUUGAAGGUCACCGGCCCAUGCAGAAUUGGCCUAUUGUUGGUGAAGUGAAGAUAUGUGAUUUAAAGGUAAGGUAUCGGCCCAAUGCUCCAUUAGUUCUUCAGGGGAUAAGUUGCAUAUUCGAAGGAGGGCAGAAAAUUGGGAUUGUUGGGCGGACUGGCAGUGGAAAAACAACUCUUAUUAGUGCUUUGUUUCGUCUGGUGGAGCCAACAGAGGGAAGGAUCAUUAUAGAUGAUGUUGACAUUUCUUCAAUUGGGCUUCAUGAUCUAAGAUCACGUUUAGGAAUCAUACCACAAGAUCCAACACUCUUCAGUGGGUCUGUCAGAUACAAUCUAGACCCCUUGUCAGAGCAUACUGAUCAAGAGAUAUGGGAGGUUCUAGAAAAAUGUCAGCUUCGAGAGACAAUCUGUGAAAAAGAGGAAGGCUUGAAUUGCUUAGUAAUGGAAGAUGGAUCAAACUGGAGCUUGGGGCAGAGACAAUUGUUUUGUUUGGGGCGUGCAUUGCUCAAGAGAAGCCAGAUUCUAGUGCUUGAUGAGGCCACUGCCUCCAUUGAUAAUUCAACAGACUCCAUCAUCCAGAAUACUUUGCGGACAGAAUUCUUAACCUGCACAGUCAUAACUGUUGCCCACCGGAUUCCAACUGUCAUGGACUGUUCUAAGGUUCUUGCUAUGAGUGAUGGAAAAAUAGUGGAGUAUGAUGAGCCAUCAAAGCUGAUGAACAAUGGUGCCUCGCUCUUUGGGCAGCUUGUCAAGGAGUACUGGUCUCGUUCUUCAAAUGCCACCAUUUGAUCCCAAGAUUGCUACUCGAUGUAACAACUCAAUAUUAUUAAAAUUAAAUAAAUAAAUAAGGGUGUGUUCAGUCCCCUCAAUGAUUGUCUAGCAUGACGUAGUUGGAGAUAAUUAAGCUUGAUUCAAGCCUUAUCGUAAUCAUGAUUGUCAUUAUUGUUGUGAUUACUAUUUUUAUUAUAAAAAUAGAUAGUGGGAAGCCUUUUACAAUUA